CUAGAGUUUUUCGAAACAUCAGCUAAAGAAAAUAUCAACGUAAAAGCAGUAUUCGAGAAGCUUGUGGAAAUUAUAUGUGAUAAAAUGGCCGAAUCAUUGGAUUCCGAUCCAACAUCUGUGCAUCCUAAAGGCCAGCGACUUGAUGCACCGAAUAUCCAAAAGCCGCAAUCAUCACAAUGCAAUUGUUAAUGUUGUGCAUCAUUCUCUGCCAUGA